AUGUUGACCCUGCAAUUUCCAAAUAUGGACAAAUCCUUCACUGUUAAAGAAAAGCACAAUUUCUUGCCUGCAUUCCCUAUAAGAUCUCUAAUGAAAGAAUAUGGGCACAAAAAAUCGAAAUCCCAUCUAUGCGAUUCCAAAAAAACGACAUCUAGGUUUAAUGAAAGCAGGCAUAGCUAUUUUGAAGAUUUGAAUAACUCUGAAAGGAAAAAUGUUGCACGAUCAUUGCAUUUCUGAUUGAUUUUAUCUAAACUAUUAAGAAAAUAGAUCACAUUGUCUAUAAAAUAUUAUAAAAUAUUAAAUAAAUAAUAAUCCUAAAUUAAUUGUUUAUAGUAUAAUUAAUACAGACAGUCCUGAGCUUCCAAAUUUAACCCCGUCUUCCCCUAACUACAAAGGUAUUAAACAAGUUUAUUUAAAUCUUGACAACUUAACUCCCCGAAAACCAACCCCAAAACCAAUUAUUACCAAAAUAAUAAAAUCACCAGAUUCUGACAGCAGCAAAAAAUCAAUAACUCCUCGUAUACACAUUACCAAAAAUUCUAUUAUUUCGAAUUUCCAAUUUUCCAACGUUUUUAUUGACAAUACCAAAAAUUCCCGGCACAAAAGAUAUAAUUCAAUUAAUAAAAAGAAAGCAACGACCCCAGAUAUUGCUCAAUACUCAGGAAGGCAAUUUAAAACUUUUGAUAAUAGUAUGAAUAGCGUAAAUAAAGUCACUUUGGAAAGUAAAAGACAUAAAGUAAGGAACUUGAGCCAUAUCUUGGAAAAAUUGAAAACCCAGACUUUGAAGCCGAAAGUAUUUAUAUUUUAUUAUACCUAACAGAUUUGGCUUAAAGCCUUAAUAAUUAUUAAGCAUAAGGCUAAUAUCUUAUUUUUUGUAAUUUUUAGAAGCAGAUUAUUACCCCUGCUAGCCUUCUUGGAUUAAUUACUAUACAUUGAAUUUUUUCUCUUUAUUAUUUUCUAUUUAAUUUAGUCAAAUUAAUAUGAUUAACUAUAAAUUCACUAUCGCUGUAUAA